AGUUUCUAUCGUUUCUAUACUGCGUUGCGGUAAGCUGCUAGAGUUUUCGUUGACAUACAUACAUGCAGUAGAAAUCGAAUAAAUUUUAUAAUCCAUUUUACUAGUCUCUGCUAAUUUCCUCAUACAGAAAAAUCUCAAAGAGACUAUAAUUAAAUUUGGGUUCGUGUAAAGAUUAUUCAGUGGUGCCGUUAUUAAUUAAAAGUAACAACAACAAGAUGAUGGAAGAUAUGCAAGAGGAGACCCAAUUCGUGGUCGACGAUGUAAGCAAAAUUAUAAAAGAAGCUAUUGAAGUAUCUAUUGGUGGAAAUGCUUAUCAACAUAAUAAAGUGAAUCAAUGGACAUCGAACGUCGUUGAAGCGUGCCUGGGAAAUCUCACAAAACUUCAGAAACCAUAUAAAUAUAUAGUCACCUGCACUAUAAUGCAAAAGAAUGGAGCAGGAUUACAUACAGCAAGCUCGUGUUACUGGGACAAUGCCACAGAUGGUAGCUGCACAGUACGUUGGGAGAACAAGACAAUGUAUUGUAUCGUUUCUGUUUUUGGCUUAGCUAUUUAAUUGAUUUUGAAAGCUUUUCAUAAACGUCAAGGGCGAAACAUUAAUACAGAAUGAGAUUCCGUUUAAUAAGCUGCAAAAAUUAUAAUAAAUGAUGCAUAAAAUAUAUGAGGAAAUCUGUUUUGCAAA